AUGACGAACGCAAAGCCACAACAUGGCUCGGACGGGCAAAUGCCCGAGGCAGAGGAAGAUCUCUACAAAAUCCUGGGCUUGGAAUCCACCGCCACCCCCGAGGCCAUCAAGACCGCCUACAAAAAGAACGCCCUCAAACACCACCCCGACAAGGCCAGCGAAAACACCCGCGACGCAGCACACGCCAAAUUCCAACAAAUCGCGCUCGCCUACAGCGUCCUCUCAGACGAGCGUCGACGCAAAGUGUACGACCGCACCGGCAGCACGGACGAGGUCUUCGGCGAAGAUGGCGACUUCGACUGGAUGGAUUUCUACCGCGAGCAGCUGUCCGCGAUGCUGGACACGCGCGCGAUCGACGAUUUUCGGAAGAAAUACAAGGGCUCGGACGAGGAGACGAAAGAUAUUUUGGCGGCCUACGACGCGCACGAGGGCGAUAUGGAUGGCGUUUAUGACUCGGUCAUGCUGUCGAAUGUGCUUGAUGACGAUGCUCGCUUCCGGGGUAUCAUUGACCAAGCCAUUGCUGAUGGGAAAGCGGAAGAUUAUCCGCGCUACUCCCAGGAAACCGACAAGAGGAAAGAGCAGCGCGUGAAGCGCGCAAGGAAAGAGGCCAAAGAGGCGGAGAAACUGGCGAAAGAGGUCGAGGAGAAUAAGAAGAAGAAGAGGGCUGCUGCGUCAAAGAAAGGUCCCGCGGCUGGGGAUGAUGAUUUGCUGUCGAUGAUCACCAAGCGGCAGCAGCAGCGCGGCCAGGGAUUUCUGGCACAUCUGGAGGAAAAGUACGGCGCGCCGAAUAACGCGAAGAAGCGUGGACCGCCGGAUGAGCCGUCUGAGGAGGCAUUUGCGGCGGUGGGUGCGCGGAAGAAGUCUACCAAGAAGAAAUGA